GCGCGAUGAGCAUUUUAAACCAAUGGGAAGCUCCAUUUCACAGGACAAGCUGAGAUAAUGGGGAAGAGCAGUAAGGAUAAAAGAGAUUUGUACUAUAGAAAAGCCAAGGAAGAAGGAUGGAGGGCACGAUCCGCUUUCAAGCUAUUACAACUCAAUGACCAGUUCCAGCUCUUCAAGGGCGUUAACCGUGUUGUUGACCUCUGUGCUGCGCCAGGCUCAUGGUCGCAAGUGCUCUCUCGCGAGAUCUUUGAGAAACGUCAAGAGACCCCGACCGAUGUCGAGCCAAAGAUCGUUGCAGUGGAUUUACAACCAAUGUCACCUAUCAACGGUGUGACUACUUUACAGGCGGAUAUUACCCAUCCCAUGACGCUUACGAAGAUCUUGGAGAUCUUCGGAGGUGAGCCAGCUGAUUUCGUGUGUUCUGACGGUGCACCUGAUGUCACUGGGCUACACGACUUGGAUGAGUACAUUCAAGCCCAGCUCAUCCUCGCGGCGCUACAAUUGACAACAUGUCUCUUGAGACCGGGCGGUACCUUUGUUGCAAAGAUCUUCAGAGGAAGAGACAUCGAUUUGAUGUAUUCACAACUCGGGUUCCUCUUUGAAAAGGUGAUUUGUGCCAAACCUCGAUCCUCGAGAGGUACCUCCUUGGAGGCGUUCAUAGUGUGCUUGGGUUACAAGCCUAGCGCCACUUGGAAGCCAACCCUUGACCCGGAUGUGUCCACUGAAGACUUUUUCAAAGGUGCAAACAUUGGUAGAUACGAGCUGAGAGAGGAUUUGGAGUACCAGGAGGAGAAGAGAACUGUGGCACCAUUCAUAGCAUGUGGUGAUCUUUCCAGUUAUGACUCAGAUGCAACUUAUACUAUAGAUAGUACCGAAAAGAGAGUAAGCUUGGACCCUGUACAGAGUCCAACCUCACCGCCUUACAAGAAGGCCAUGGAAUUGAAGAGAGCUGGUGAAAUUAAAAGAUGAAUUGAAGUCCAUUGCAACCGUCACCGUCACCGCGGCCUCACUAUAUGAGUAGAAUGUAGUAUUAACACGACAUGUGUAAGGGUAUGCGAGGUGAUAAAUUGUCGACAUUUAUGAAAUUUCAGACCUUUUGUUGUGCUAAAACGCC